UAUCGGUUGAUCAAUGCGGCGGUUGACUUCUGCCUUUCGUUUCCUGGCUCUGUUUAAUAUCCUCAGCUGUUCCGACAUUUAUGUGUAAUUGAUUAGCAUCAUGACGGCCAACAGCCGCUGUUCCGCCGCGGAGCCUCCGGGCCUGGAGACUCAGCGGCGGGAGAUCGAGUCUCUGCUACGGGAGUGUGAGCUCCGGGCUGGGGACAGUUGGUACGUGGUGGAGCAUCGCUGGUUCGAGCAGUGGAAGGAGUUUGUGGAGAGUGGAGACCAGAACUCAUCGUCCUUCCCCGGUCAGAUUGACAACACUGAGCUGUUUGAGGAUCUGGACUCAUACCACCUGAAGGAGCGUCUGGUGGAGAACGAAGACUUUGUGUUGGUGCCAGCUGAGGCCUGGCACAAGCUGCUGGCCUGGUACGGCAUGGUGGAAAGUCACCCGCCGCUGGAGCGCAAGGUGGUGGACCUGCCCAGCACUCUGAAGGUAGAGGUUUACCCCGUUGAGGUCUUCCUCUGUCUCCAUAGCAACAUGGAGAAUGUCAUCACCACACAGUUCAGCCGUACCGACAACAUACAGUCCAUCCAGAGAGCGAUGUGUCAGGCCUUCUCAGUGCCUGCGGGCUCAGAGUGUCGUCUGUGGAUGAAGAGUUCUGACAGUAACUGCGAGCGUCUCAGGAACAUCCACAUGAGUGUGCUGGACGCCUGUUUGAGCUCUGGGAUGACGGUGAUUAUGGAGACGAGGAAUGCUGAUGGCACCUGGCCGAGCUCCAGACCUCAGAUCAUGAGGAACUCUGUGGAAGAGCAGGACUCGUACCGAGGACAGCCAGGAGUCUGUGGCCUCACCAACCUGGGCAACACCUGCUUCAUGAACUCUGCUCUACAGUGUUUGAGUAACACCCCUCCCCUGACUGAGUACUUCCUGCAGAGCUCCUACCUGGAGGAGCUGAACUUCACCAACCCUCUGGGGAUGAAGGGGGAGAUCGCCGAGGCCUACGCUGACGUCAUCAAACAGAUGUGGUCGGGGAGGCAUUACUCCGUGGUGCCGCGCGUCUUCAAGACAAAGGUGGGUCACUUUGCGUCUCAGUUCCUCGGUUACCAGCAGCACGACAGUCAGGAGCUGCUGUCCUUCCUGCUGGACGGACUGCACGAAGACCUGAACCGAGUCAAAAACAAAGAGUACAUCGAACUGCGGGACGCUGACGGACGACCAGACCAGGAAGUGGCGGAGGAGGCGUGGCGUAACCACCGCCGGCGGAACGACUCUGUGAUCGUCGACACGUUUCACGGCCUCUUCAAGUCCACACUCGUCUGUCCUGAGUGCCGCAAGGUUUCUGUGACCUUCGACCCCUUCUGCUACCUGAGCAUCCCACUCCCUGUCAGCAAGGAGCGCGUCAUGGAGGUCUUCUUCGUCUCUCUGGACCCGUACGCUAAACCUGUUCAGCAUCGUGUUGUGGUUCCUAAAGCAGGGAAGGUUUCUGACCUUUGCUCUGCUCUGUCAGAUAUGACCAGCGUACCUCCCACACAGAUGGUGGUAGCUGAUGUUUUCAACCAUCGUUUCUAUAAGAUCUACAACGCUGAUGAGUCUCUGAGCUGCAUCCUGGACCGAGAUGACAUCUUUGUAUAUGAGCUGAGCGUGCAGGAGGAGCAACAGGAGGAGCAGGUGCUGCUGGCUCUCUACCUGAGGGAGCGCUCUCACUACAGAGACUAUGGCUCGGGCAGCAGCUCGUACGGCACGUCGCUGUUCGGACACCCGCUGCUGCUCGGCGUGCCGCGCAGCAGCUGCAGCCAGGAGGCGCUCUACAACCUGUUCCUGCAGAGGCUGGCGCGCUACGUGCGGCCUCCUGACCCUUCUGAGGAGUUGGAGGAAGAGGAGGAAGAUGAUGAUGAUGAAGAGGAGUUGUACAAGACUCAGACCAACGGCAUCAGUGAUGAUGAGCAGCAGGACACUGCAGACAAAGCCGGACCCUCUGAGACAGAACCCUCCUGCAGUGAUGCUUCCGCAAACAGCCAAUCAGAGGACACCGCUACCGCCGAGCCCCUCCCUGAUCUCAACCACAAGCAGCCCUCACUGGACCAUGGUGACACGGAGACCAAUAACGGGUCCCAGGACCAGACUGAUCCCCCCUGCAACGCCGAAGCCAUCAACAGCACUGAAAACACCAGUCCCUGCGGAGACACUAGCAAGACCACCGACACUGACACCAGCUCAGAACCGCCAGCAGAGCAACCACCGCAGGCCUGUGAGACUACAGAGGAAGAAAAAGAGGAAGACAAGCAGGAGGAGGCGUGUUCUCCCAGCCCGCCGCCCAAUGAGCAGCCGGCUAAGAGGAGGGCGUGUCGUAAGAGGAGGAAGAGUUUGUUCACCAUCCAGGCGGUCAACUCCAAUGGGACGACUGAGAGAGGGAUGGGAGAGGGAGGGAGCGCCGUGUCCUUCAGCUCUCAGCCUUAUGUGGCCAUCGACUGGGACCCUGAAAUGAAGAAGAGGUUCUACAAUGAAAAUGAAGCUGAGAAGUACAUCAAACAUGCCAGUAUGGAGGUUCCUCAGCAGCAGACCACAGUUCAGCUGCAGGAGUGUAUCGAGCUGUUCACCACUGUGGAAACACUGGAGGAAGAGAACCCAUGGUACUGUCCAGUGUGUAAGAAGCACCAGCUGGCCACUAAGAAGCUGGACCUCUGGUCUCUGCCAGAGGUUCUCAUCAUCCACCUCAAGAGGUUCUCUUACACCAAGUUCACCAGAGAGAAACUCGACAGCAUCGUGGACUUUCCCCUCAGAGACCUGGACUUCUCCGGCUGCCUCCUGAGGAAAAGUCUGUCCAAUGGGGAGCCUCCAAGCCGCUAUGACCUCAUCGCUGUGUCCAAUCACUACGGAGGACUCAGAGAUGGACAUUACACCAGCUAUGCGAAGAAUAAGGAUAAUGGUCAGUGGUAUUACUUUGACGACAGCAAGGUGACCUACGCCAGAGAGGACCAGAUUGUGACCAAUGCUGCCUACGUCUUGUUUUACCACCGACAAGACAAAAUCAGAAAACCCACUCUGCCCACCCCCAGCACAAGCCCUGCCUCCUCCACCCAGCUCACCAACGACAUCACUUCCUGCAAAGAUGACGAUGCAGAGCUGGGUGCCACCUCCUAUGUCACCAUGGAAACGGACUAAAUGAACGCUAAAGACUGAACUUAAUUCUGGCCUUUUGUCAUAUUUUUUACCUCUCCAGAACGUCUUUUUUUAUUUCGUAUUUUUACAAAUUUUCAACAACACGUGAACUUUCUUUGAUUACUACUCUCCCCCGUUAGUCACGACAACAAAAGCACCUUUGCAGGUUGUAUUUCAGAUCUCCUCAUUCUUUUUUUUUGCUCUAAAUGCUGGUUUUUGCUGGGCAACAUCUUGUCUGGUGAGUUUUCUCUGCUUGGUAGCUCAUGGCUCCAUGAAUCUCAGGUAGUUUGAUGGGGAGGGAGGGGAUCAGUUUUAGACUGUUGAUUUGAGCCAAACCUAGACCUUGAAUAUAGAAAUCGGGGUUGGACUGACGGCUGCAGGGAGGUAAUAGAACAGUACUUGAUGUUAAUCCUCUUGAAUGAAUAAAUUGAUCUGCUCUUUAUUGGUGAAUCAAAUCAUACUGAACUCACUUUACAAAGUGAGUAAUUGGCAUUCAGAUAUUAAAAAAGAUUUUUUUUUUUUUUUGCUGUCUUUUAAUGACCCAUGAAUAAUUGAAUUUUAAAAUGGUAUUACAAAAUUCAUUUAAAAGGCUUUUUUCAACCUAUAUAGACCAGCUCUGUUAAUAUCAUGAAAAAGUUAUACACAUUUAUUAAAUUAGGCAUCAAUAUAUGCCAUUAACUAUAUUGAUUGUGUCUGUUUUUUUGGUCAUUAUCUACUUAAUAAAUUGAUCACAAAUCAGACUCUACCCCCCUCUGUUGAACAAGCAGAUUGCAUUUAGUUUUAGACAAGUCUUCAAUUUAAGUAAUCACAAAAUGACUGGCAACUCCUAAAUUCCUAAAUGGAACAUGAGUCCAAUUUAAAAGACUUCAACUUUAAAUCAAUAAAUUUUGUGAUUCCAUUUUAAAAUUGAUUAAUUCAUCGUCUAAAAGACAGAAGAGGGAAGUCAAAUAAUCAAUUGUCAAAUAGACAAAUUUCAAAAAGUUUUUUUUCAUUGACUUUGACAGCACAUCUUUUAAAUACUAACUUAAUUAAUCAAGUUAUGGUAGGUGUUUCUUUAAUGCAUCCAUUUGUUCAGCCCUAAAUUUUAAACAUGAACAAAUCCUGUAAUUAUUCAGGUGACAUCACCAGGUUAAAGACUGCAGUUAGAGCUGGUGAAUUUCUGUUUAUUUCUUCUUGUUCAUUACCAUUUGAUUCUGCAAUUAAAAAUCCAGCUUUUGAAACACUGACACCAAAUUUUACAACUAAUAACUAUUACAUAUUAAAUUAUAGUUAUAUAGUUCGUGUUAUAAAUUAACUUGAAUUCUCUGCAUACAAAAUAAGUAGCUGAUAAAACUUUUUCUCUUUCCAUGUUUUCAAAUGAAAGCAGAUAAGUUACUGUGGUGGUUUAAUGUGCAACAGACUUCAGUACAAAACCAUUAAAGAGGAUGAUGGGUAAUCAGAGGAGUGUGUUUAUAUCAGAUAAAUAGAUAAUUUAAUACUGAACAAAGCUGCCAGGGAUGAUAAAUUAAUCUGUCUUUGUAUAUUUUGAUUGUUUCCUCUUGUAUUUAUUUUUUUAAUUUCAGCUGUCACAUUACUAGUUUUAUUUUAGUUUUUUUUUUUCUUGAACGAUUUUAUUGAUCAAUUGGUGCAGGACAUUGAGAUGCUUAUUUUUUGUAUUUAUGGAUAGAAUUUGGAUUCAGGCGUAAUUAUCUGACAGAAUGACAGUAAGUUUAAUUUUCUUCCAGUCUGUGCAGAGAGACGGACGCAGGCAAAGUUUUGUCUCUGUGGUUAGAGUGAGCGCUCGCUGAUUUUUAAACCGGCUCUGUGUACAGUAUUUUUGUAUUGUAAGAAAUGUAUUAUUAUUAUUCUCAUUCCUGGGUGGAGCGGGAGGGAAGCUUUGGGCAAUUUCUUUCUUUGGUCUUCCCUGUCAAAUAUCAGAUGAAAAUAUUUUAUUGUACUUUCAAUUUUUUUGAUAUGAAUAAAAGGAUGAUUAUUGUCACGAGA